GACAGGCACAGGUCAACUGUUGAAAUUACAUGAAAAACAGAAUUACAUAACAUUUUGUGGAUUUAAUAAUUUUUUGCUGCAAUGUCUUCAGUUUUAAUGGAUGUCUAAUAGGUGCAGGCCUAUGCAAAAUCUACACCUGACUUGUCUUGCACUUGUACAACUUGAAAACCGACAUUGUAUUGAAAAUCUCAUUAUUUAUCUUGUCUAGGAGAAACGUUCAGCAGAGCAUGUAUACACAAAAAAACGUUUUCAUGUCCAAAAUGGGAAGAAGUUGGACUGCCCAGCUAAACUUUUCAUUUGGCAUGUGCUGAGGUAAGCUUUUUUCAACCGCUCUGUCUCCUUUGCAGGAGAAAUCCAGUGUGAAUCGAUCAAUAGUGAAAGUGAUCUGAUUGAUCAAUAUUGUCAAUCAGACCAUGGGGUAGAUUAAUUUUUGCUUGCUUGUUUGUUUUGCUUUUUAGAUAUGACUCAUUCAGUGUGAGAGGGGAUGCCACAAAAUCCCAUAAAGAAGACGCUAUGAGAAAUCCUAAGAUAGCACUUCAAAACUCAGAAAACCCACCAACCUCUACAUUCAUUCAUCUAAAAAUUCCUCUAUUGGAAGUUCACAAUCAUACAAUUGGAGCAGGAUCCUGUUUUUCAAGACCGAUCCAUCCAAAACUAAAAAAUCAAAUUCAGGUGAUGGUCGGACAAGGGAUAACUAAUAUAGCUUUCGUGAAGAGAGCCUUGAAGCAGUAUGUGCUAAAUGACUUGUGUGGAGAGGAGAUCCUGGAUGGAGGAGGGGAGAGGAUGCCAGAUGGAGGAGGAGGAGAGAGGAUGCUAGAUGGAGGAGGGGAGAGGAUGCUGGAUGGAGGAGGAGGAGAGAGGAUCCUGGAUGGAGGAGGGGAGAGGAUGCUGGAUGGAGGAGGAGGAGGAGGAGAGAGGAUCCUGGAUGGAGGAGGGGAGAGGAUGCUGGAUGGAGGAUGCAGAGGAGAAAUCAUGGUAGACAGAUUAAGGAUCAAAUCGGCACAGGUUGCAAUGAGAGAAAAACUGAAGAAGUUAACGGAUGACUCGUAUUUGUGUGAUGAUUUGGAGACUUUACAAAAAAUGACUGUAGCUCUGGACAAUAUGACACAAACAAUUGAACAACUGUGCAAGAGAGAGAAUGGACUGAUUCUUAAUAAACUGGAUGACAUUGUUAUGUUGAAAAAACAUGAUCUUAGGGCACUGCCAGUUCGAAAGCACAAAUCAAAACUGUCCAGAAAACGAAAAUGGACCCAAGCUCCCUUGUCGCCCCUUAUCGAACAUUGCGAGGAGACACUGGGCCACAGCUCUUCUGCUGUCCUGCACCCAAAAUCCUGAGGAUGCCAUGGAGCUCGGCAAAAAAAUCCCUAGCUAACCCUAAAUAUUUAUAUUAAACCAUUUUGCAACAGG